AUGGUUAAAAGGAAUAUUAAAACGUCUUUAUCAGAAGACGACGGUGAAGUCUUAAACGAAAAUGGUAAACGCCUAGCCGAAGAAGCGAAUAAAGAGAACAAAAAACGUGUUCGUACGAAGAAUUUAUAUCGCCAGCCUACAGCUAAUGAACUCAAUCGCCUGCAAGAAACAGAAAACUUGUUUAAUUCUAACUUGUUUAGACUGCAAGUUGAUGAAAUUCUUGAAGAAGUUAAGCUUACAGAAAAAACAAUAAAGCGUUUCACGGAGUGGUACAAUUCGUUCAAAGUGUAUUUGAUGUCUAUAGUUGAAGAUGAUCUAGAGUUUGAUCUCUCAGAGAAAAAAAUUACAAAGUUCCUAAAAGUGAAGUUGCCAAUACUGGAACAAUUGAGUCAAACUAAAGCAAUGUUUAAAUUCCAUAAAUUCAAAGAUAUAGAUAUAGUUGGUUCCUAUGCUGUUGGUAGUACCAUCAAUGCCAAUCUCAUGGUUGAUGUUCAAAUAACUGUACCUGCUGAGACUUAUACAAAAAAUGAUUCAAUCAACUACAGAUAUCAUAAAAAACGUGCUGCAUAUUUAGCUUACAUAGCCUCACAUUUACAGAAAUCUGAUUUAAUUGACGAAUUGCAUUAUUGUCUGUUCAAUAUGUCUUUAACUAAACCAGUACUAAUUGUAAAGCCUAAGGGUAAACUAAGUAAUACGUUGUUAGUGAGACUGAACCUUGCAUGUGAUGACGAAGCAUAUAAACUUCAUAGGUUCAGCCCAAAAAGAAAUAAUUUGCGUGAAACUUGGUUAUUGCAAUCUGAGAAGCAAGAAUGUUCGGCAGUCGGGCCACAAACACCAUAUUACAAUUGUAGUGUUCUAAGUGACCUUACAGCCAAAAUAAACAACGAUUUUAUAGCCACUACAUUAUCAAAUAGUCAGAACCUAAAGCAAGCUAUUAUUUUAUUAAAAAUUUGGUUAAAACAAAGGAAAUUAUGUGUGUCAGGACAUAUAAUUAAUAUGUUAGUAUGUUGCUUGGUUCAGAUAAAGAGAAUUAACAACAUAAUGAGCAGUUAUCAAAUUGUCAGAAAUAUAUGGAUAUAUUUGAAGUCAUCAGAAUGGGAUACUAAAGGCCUGUCCUUAUCAAAAUCUAAAGAUGCACCACCCAUGGAUGAAUUCCUUGAGAGCUUUCCUGUGGUCUUUUUGGACAAAACUGGCUAUUAUAACAUCUGUUGGCAAAUGUGUAAAGGGACAUACAAUGCAUUACGUAGGGAAAGUGAAUUAGCUGUGGAGAUGUUGGAUAAUCCCAAGUUGAAUAGUUUUCUUCAAUUAUUUAUGGUGCCAGUGUCGAACUUGACACAAUUUGAUCAUAUCAUCAGGUUUAAAAACAUACAGAGCCUGAAAUCGUCAGUUUUGGAAAGAGUAUCCAAAGAAAAUAAACUGAAUUAUGGUCUUGAUGAACUGCCGUUAGUAGUCAACAGUAUCUACUCUUUACUUUCAAAGGGGCUUACAGACAGAGUUGAUUUGAUACUUCAGUUGGGAGAAGCUGACUUCUCUUGGCCGGUAAAGAAGACUUUAGAAAAGGCUAAAGAAGGGUAUGACGAGAAAGUGUCAUUUGGAUUAGUGCUGAAUCCUGCCAAUGCAAUUAAAAUUGUAGACAAAGGUCCUCAGGCAAACCUUCCUGAGGCUGAAGAGUUUAGGCUAUUCUGGGGUGACAAGUCUGAAUUGCGUCGCUUCGCUGAUGGGUCACACAUUGAAGCCUGUGUAUGGGACGGCGAUACAUUUGCGCAACGACGUUCUAUUUCGACUCAGAUAGUCGACUACUUGAUGGAACUCAAGUACAGUGUACAACCAAGAGAUAUCUUUCACAUUUGCAACCAAUUGGACAGUUUGACAGCUCGCAAAAUGGCUGCCGCGGAACAGGGUGAAGAGGUAUCGGUGAAAGUUUUGCGAGUUUUCGACGAAUUGAGGCGGGAUAUGAGAGCCUUGACUCAGUUGCCACUCGAAAUAAGCGCUGUUUAUGGUACGUCGUCAGUGUUCAGUUAUAGCAACCCCUUGCCGCCAUUACCCAGCAUACCUGACCCUCGGGCCUGGAGAAAGGCUUCCACGUGUCUUAUAAAGACGCAGAAGGAUGAUAAGAGAAUAUUUCUACCUUCUUACACUGAGGCUAACAGAGCAAUGAUUGAGUUAUCCUACAGUGGUAAAUGGCCGGGCGAUAUAGAAGCGUUUAGAUGCCUCAAAGCCGCAUUCCACCUACAAAUAUCAGAUCGGAUCAAGUCUCAAUAUUCCCUCGCGAGCCAGGCUUACCCUACCCACAUAGAUGUGAACAAAAAUGGCCUCUCAUUUAGACUGGAGAUAUUCCACCCAAAGGAAGUUACUCUACUAAGAAGAGAAGUAGUAGAUGGAGUAGUAAAAUUCAAGGAGAGUGAGGAAAGUGUAAAGUUGCAACGGGACACAAUGCUCUUGGCCAUUCUUAGAGGUGCUCUACACGGACUACAUCAAAAGCACCCAGCGUUCGGUCCCACGGCUUGUCUCUUCAAACGUUGGCUCUCUUCACAUCUCCUGUCCCCCACGCAUUUCCCCUCUACUCUUGCUGAGCUUGUCACGGCUAGCGUGUUCCUUCAGCCAGAACCAUUAACUCCACCGACACAGCCCACAGUUGGGCUUUUUAGGGUCCUGCAACUGUUAUUGAACACAGAUUGGGCCACGCAGAUGAUUGUGCUCGACUUCAACGGAGAUAUGACGCGCGAGGAAAUAACGGAACUGGAGCAAAAAUUCUCGGACCGUUCGGAAAAUGGACCGCAAAUGUGCAUAGUGACGUCAUACGAUGGCGAACUACCGUCAGUGUGGAGUAGUUCUGCUCCAAGCCGCCAGGUGGUGCUAAGAGCGCAGGCACUGGCCAAAGCUACCCUCAGUUAUAUUGAGAAGGCGUUGAUGGAAGAUAUGAGUGAUAACAUCUUGGCAGCGUUCAUCCCUUCGUAUUCAGGGUACGAUGUGUUGAUACACUUGCACGCGAACCUUGUACCGCAUUUCAACGAACGUAUCGACUCUCGACCGAAACUGAACGCGUCUGAUGACGUCAUGGGCGACGUCAUACCAGUACUUGAAUUUAAUCCAGUCGAGAAAUACUUGGAAGAACUACAGGGUGCCUAUGAAGACUUUGCGCUCUUCUUCCACGAUAGCUUUGGUGGUGACGUCAUUGCUGUUUUAUGGAAACCACACGUCAAGGAUUAUAGAGAUUUUCAGAUCGCAAGUGCGAACGCAUUAAAGCCAGUUAAAGUUAAAGGAGAGACGAAAUACGAAGUCAAUAUUGAGGCAAUUAUUGAGGACUUCAAGCUUAUCGGUGACGGCCUGGUGAAAGAAGUAGUUGUUAACAUGUAA